AUGGCAACGAAGCGGAUCCAUACCGUACCGACACCAGCCUUAGCUCUCAACCACCUCCGCGUCGCAGUCGUCCAGUGUUUGGACUCGUACCACGACGUCGUCGCCUUCCUUCGAGCCUUGCCGUCGCUUUCGGAGCCACUGGCCGCGCUGCUCGCACUGCUACAGGGGUCGUCGCGCGCCAUGGACCAGUGGCCCGCGAUCGCCCUUGAACGCUUGAGCGAGAGCGAGGUGGAGCUGGCGCUCAUCGCGCUUCCCGCGAUACCUGCCAUCCACGUCCACAACCGCGACGAUUUCGACGACAAUGUCGGGGCGCGGGUUGCCGACCUAUGCACGCUCGCAGCGACGUGGCCGACCAAGAUCACGCACCUGAGCGAAUGCAUUCAAGACAACGAGAUCCCGUACGUUCAGCGCAUCGUCUCGCACUGCACUCGCCUCGAUGCCAUCGUCCUGCACCUUGACGCAUUUGCGCCGCUCCUGCCGUCGCUGCCACGUGGUCUUCGCCACGUGGCGUUGAUGGCCAACUUGUAUGCGCCCCCUCCGAUCCAGAACAUUGCACCGACCUUGCGGCAGUGGGUCGAUGUUGGCACGAGCAGUAAAAAGCACAUUAGCUUCCACAACACGUGGGUGCUGAGUGACGCCGAGGCCGUCGCAGAGGUGGUCGCGACCGCCCCGUCUCUGACCGGCCUCGACAUUGACGAUACGUCCGAGCUCGUCGAGGCCCUCGUCGCGAGGCCCAAGUCACUGCAGUAUGUGACGGCAUUUGGUAUCAAACGAACGCCGCUCAAGGAAGCGAAGCAACUUUUGGCGCGACUGGACGUCGCCAAGCUCACGCGGCUCGAAGUGGACGAGGUGGCUGACGUCAACUGGGUCCUCUCGUUGCUGCAUUCGAUGCCCAACCUCCAAGAGCUCUCGCUCAACUGCGGUGAGUUCAAGACGAUCCCUGCCACGCUUGCUGCAGCGACGCCCCGUCUGCGCAAACUACAAGUGCGCAAUAUCGGAUUUUCGGCCACGGCUUUCAACAAGUUUCUCGGGUGGGCGUGUGGCUUGAAGCAGCUGCGCUACGUCUCGUGGGACGUUCAAGGGCACGCCAACCGGCAGCUGGCCACGCUUGCGUCGACGCUCCGCCAAUGGAUCAACACAACAGGCGUCUCGGAGAUCCAUUUGUUCGGUGCCCAUGGAAAUUGCGUCGCCAAAAUGGUGGCGUCGGUGCUGUGCGAGUCGACACGCGGCACAGGCCUCACGCUUGUGGACCUGCAUAGCGACGGAUGCGUCGUCUCUCCCGAUAUGGUGUGGGCGCUCGCCCAAAGCAUUGCCCACCUCACGAACACCAGGAUCAACAUCGCGACUUUUAUGGACGAUGAGACGUACCAGCACGUCAAGCGUCAAGCGGAGCUCGUGCGGCAUCUCAACCCCGCCAAGCUCACCCAGCUCUCCGUAGAGAGCAGUGGCGACCUCGCAUUGGUGGGUCGCUGGGGUGUCUAUUAG